ACAUUUUAACGGUGAAAGUCUCUGAGCGUCCGCUGACAGCAGGUCACAUCAGUACAUUUACAUUUUAUUUUUUGGCUUUAUUGCAACAUCAGAGCAGGUAAAAGCCAAACUCACCUUGACGUCAGCGCUGAAGUGCGAGGAACUGCAGAGACGUUUAUCACUUUUAUGGGCCAAUAAACGCUGAGCGGAGCGACAGACGGGUUGAACUUUAACCUGCAGCCACUCCUCCUGCGCCGACCGGACCAGGAACCCGGCCUCUGUCUGUCUGCUGCGCCGGCUCAGGUACGACCAGAUGGGCGACAAACUUGGUUUCCAUGACAACGUCCUGAGUCGGCUGAUAAAGCCAAGAGACGGACAAAGGGAUGUUCUCGUUUUAAAUGUGCUGUUGCUAGGAGACAGGCAGAGUGGGCGGAGCUCCGUGGGGAACGCUCUCAUUGGCGGGGACGAGUUCCGGACGGGAACCUGCGUUUCUGGCGUUUCCAUGACGACGGAGCUCCGUGUCCUCAGCAGGGAGUUUCCGGCGUAUUUCAGGAGGCAGGGGGCGGAGUCUGACCUCGUGCUCAGAGUCGUGGACACGCCCCCSGCGAAGCUCCGCCCACAGGGCCUGCAGGAGCUCUGCCCCGGCGGCGUUCACGUCCUGGUGGUCGUGGUGAGGGUCGAUCAGCUGGACGAAAACUCACAGCUGCUGAGCCACACGGAGAGCCUCUUCGGUCCAGACUGGCGUCGUCACGCCAUGCUCGUCUUCACACACUCCGAUCACCUGGAGAAGGCGGGGCUUCAGCCGCCUGCGUUCCUCACCCAGAGCUCUGAUUGGCUGAGCUCUCUGGCUGAAGAGGYUGGGGGCGGGGCUUCGUUUUUGGACAACASCUCUGAUUGGCCAUCAAUCAGAGGCCGUCCAAUAAGAGAUCAACUGCUCCGCCUCUCAGCGAAGAACCAUCACGAAGCUCUGCAAUUUAUGCCAGACCAAUCACUCUGACACAAAUUCUGAGGACCAAAACCGUCAAUGUUGAUGUUGUUUUUAGGCCUGUAACAACAGCAAAUGUCGUAAUUAUUGCGAUAAAUGAUAAUAUUUUAUUUUUAGAGUAGUAUUUUGAAAGACCAAUAAACUUUAACUUUGUUAAAAAAGACAGUCAACACUGAAAUUGGAAGAUAUUUCAAAUAUAAAUGUUAAAUUUCACUAAAAUGCUAAAAAAAAAAAAAAAAAAUGCAUAUUUUGAAAAGUGCAAAUUAAUCAUUUUAGUUUCCAACAUGUUUGAAGAAACUUUAGUGGCAGCCAUGUUAACUAUAACCAGCAUUUGAAAUAAUAAAAAUAAUAAUAACACGAAAUAAUUAAAAAGCAACAGAAAAAACAUAAUUUUGUUUGU